CAAAUCUGAUCUGAUAUUGUCCCGUAUGAUUUGAAGUGUAUUGAGUAAUUUAAUGAACUGGUAUAAUGAUUAAACUGGGCUGUUAGACCUAAAACAUUAAAGGCAAGGUAUAUAAUAAAGAUGCUGAAGAGUACGAGAAACAGGGUGAUGGGCUCAAAAAGGCAUUCAGUAUUCAGCUUUAAUGCCUAUACUUUGUUAUCGAAAUGUACUUGAGAAGAUACUGAACAAUAUGAAAUGAAUGAAAAUAAAAAAUAAUGACUUUGAAAUUUGUAACUUUGGAAAAUAUGAAGCAAAUGUAUCAAAUGGUUUGAACAGCACUUUUAUAAGAAGAAGUAACAGGGUAAAUAGUUCACCUCUGAAUAUGACAUCAAGUCAAGGAUCAGCUAUAUUAGACAUGCAGUUAGAGGAGAUGGAGAUGAUGGAGGACGAUGCUUCUGAUAAUGGAGAAAAUGGAUUUAAUGAGAAAGCAAUACCUCAGAAGGAAGAUAAUGGUUCACCUGAAGAUAUGAGAAAACGAAUAGGACAAAAUGUGGGAGAAAUGGUAUGGCAAGUGAGUAAACAAAGAGCACAGAAAGCAUGGAGUGUCUAUGGUAAUAUUGAUAUUUUACGGCCAUAUUUUGAUGUGGAACCAAAAGAAGUUCAGAAGAGGCUGAUUUAUUCUUUGAUACCACAGAGACCUACAGCACAAAGACAGAGGGUUCAUAAAGAAUUGUAUGGUCCUUUGAUGGUGAUAUUUACAUUGAUAGCAUUGUUACUGUUUCAAAUGAAAACAUCAGAUCAUAAAGUUGAAGAAGGAACGUUAAUGGGUACAGCUUUUGGUGUAUGUUUUAUAUAUUGGUUUGGAGCCUCAGGUUUAGUGUGGGUUUUAUCGUAUAUCUGUGGUGUAAGAAUCGCCAUGUUGCAGAUUUUAUCUCUCAUUGGUUAUGCAUUGUUCAGUCAUUGUAUUGUUCUAUUUUUGGGUACAGUCAUACAUACAUCACAUGACCAUAUGUUGUUUUAUGUAACAUGGGCUGUGAUAGGUGGAUUGUCAACAGCUAAAAUGGCAUGUGUGGUAUUUUCUAGAGCCAGUGGUAAAACAGAAAGAAUAAUAGUGAUAGCUUUAAUAGCUGUAUUACAUCUAUCUUUUCUACUUUAUUUACAUUUUGCUUAUCACUCUGUUGUUGAAGAAAUAUCAAUGGUUUUAGACUCAAAGUUAAUACCACCACCAAUAGCCCAAGAACAAAUCAAUCAGAAAAUGGAAAGAGCUAUGAAUUAUGAGAAAGUUGUUCCUGAUAUUACCAAGAAAGUUGUAAACAUGGUGAAACCUAUCAUACCAAAUGACACACUAAAUAAACUUCGUCCAGCAAUCAAUAAUACACUAAAGAAUGUUAUAAGACAGGCUCCAACCAUGAUGAAUAAAAUGAGUGGACUUGCUCUUCACAUGGUUAAUAAAACUCUUGAACAUAGUGACACACUUAAAGUUAUGUGAUUGAAUUACUGUCAGAUGUUUUACAGUAGCAGAGUGUAUUAACUUGAGAUAGAUGACCUUUAUUGAGCCCAUUUAAACAAAAACAACAGAUAUUAAAAUAACUCAAAUUGUCCAGUUGUGAAUAAUGAAGAACUGCAUCUUCUUCGUGUUGGUUAUUUUUUAAAAACAUUAAUUUUAUUUUUGUUUGUGGGUAUAGAUGUGUACAAAUAUUUCCAUGUUCUUAUUAAACUGAUAAGAAAAAGAAAUCCAAAAUGUUAUAUAUGACAAAGUUCAGAGAUUCCAAGUUAUUGAUCUUAAAAAUUCUUCAUUGUAAUUCAGAAAUGACCCAUUAAUUGCUAUUCUGCUGCUGUAUAUUGAUAGUUAUUAUUUAUAUUAGAUGUGUUCACCAUAGAUAUUCUUUAAUAUAAGACAUUAAAGAUACAUUAUUCAAAAGCUAAAUCUGCUUGUUGCAGGGCUUUAUCUCAGCUCACCAUCAAGAUUAUCAACAUACACAUCAAGCAUUUACUAACGCUGGGAGAUCAGACAAUCUUCACGUGCAACCUUUGACGUCACUCUAGCCGACAUCCCUAAUCAUCGUGUUGCCAGUUAGGGAAACCCUUACAUUUUUGUCCUGUAUGCACUCAAUGCAUGUUUUUCUGUGAAUCCAGUAUUUUUCUAAUAAAAAUCUUAUUAAGAUUGGAUGUUUCUACUUUCAAUAUACCAAAAUUGCCAUACUUUUAUUGGAAAUAACCACCCGAUAAAUAUUUUUGUGGGAAAGUAUCUUUGUCAGUUUCAUCAUUAAAACUGGUUGUAUAAUCUCAAUGGUUUUCUUUCCAAUAGCAAAGCUACAGACAAAUAUGGAGGUUAUUAGGUUCUAUUGCAUUAUUUCAUUACAUCAUGUAUUUGGCAGUGUAUAUUUCUAUACAUUUAAAGUCAUUGUAUAUAAUAUCUUAUGUACUGUAUAUAUAUAUGUAAAUAACAUUACUUUUUAAAAUGUAUUAUAUCACUGUUUGAGAAAUUGUAUGAUUUAUAUUAUAUUAUAUAAACUAAAUAUUUACUUAAAUAUAUGUAUAAAAACAACUGUACAGGUGGAAAAUAAAACUUUAAUGGAUUCAA